AUGCCUCGUCCCCUAUUACCUGGCCCAGUCCGUGAAGAAUCCCAGUCAGCAAGCCAUAGUCCGCUGCUGGUCGCAAGCCUGACAAGACGCCGUAGGCCCAUCACGUUAGCCUGCGAGUUAUGUCGGCAGCACAAGUCCCGAUGCGACGGCGGCAAGCCGCGGUGCUCGCAAUGCGCCAGACGCCAGAUGGAGUGCCACUACCGGACAUCCUUGAACACCAGGGAGCGUAUCAGGAAUAUUCCACAUUCUGGCGACGAAGUCGCAGAUAUUGUGAGAAGAAUACAAAGUGGCCAAGAUGUUGAGUCUAUACUUGGUCACAUUCAACGUGCGGAUCUUCUGAAACAGGCACACGUAGUGCCGGAUCACUAUUACCAGUAUGAGUUUCCCUAUGGCAAGGAUAUGCCUAGCUUCCUGAUUCAAGAGGGAAACCAGCCUUGA